UGUACCCAUUUCAGGGAGCCUUGAGAGGGGCCUGAAUCACUGAUGGAAUUGGACAGUGCAUGGAGAUGGUUGAGCAGGACGAGGGCCGUUACCUGGGACUCUGGCCAGUAUCUCCCACACUCUUGUCAGAGUCUGAGCUACAGGCAGCACCUUCAGCUCCCAGCUGAAGCAUUGCGAACCUUGUUUUUGCGGUUAAGGACCCUAAAGUGCUGUGAGGAUCAAGUUCUUCUCAACAUCCCUGGCUGUACCUGUGGUGUCCCAAAUGUCAGCAUGGCGACAUCUGGCAGGACUUGUUCCACGAAAACCACAGAGGUCAACUUUCCACAUACCAUCGACAAUUCCUACUGCCAGCAGGAAGAGACCAAACCGAAUUUCGGAGCCAGCAAAAAUAGACUUCUUCUGAGCCAGGUGGCCUACUUCCAGAACUAUCAGCUGAAGACAUACAAAGAUCGAAAAGAUCACGAUAAAGAACAGAAAUACAGAGACAGCAAAAAUAAACUUCUUAUGAGUCAAGUGGCCUACUACCUGGCCUGUCGGCUGAAGAUGAAAGUCCCUGGCUUUCUGUGUUGUGCCCCAAAUGUCAACAUGGUGGCAUCUGGCAGGUCUCCUUCCAGAAAAAGCACAGAAGUGAACAUUCCAGAAGGCAAUGAGAAAUCCUGCUCCCAACAGGAAGAAAACCAACUGAAUGUCGGAGCCAACAAAAAUAGACUUAUUAUGAGGCAGGUGGCGUACUUGCUGAACUACCGGCUGAAGAUAUACGGUAAGUUCUAUAGGUUGACCACCACGAAAGUGACAAAUGAUGUCCUGUGUUGUCUUGAGUAACUAACCAUUCUCUU